AUGUCCGCAACAAACGUGGAUUUAAUCCCUUUCCUGGAGGCAGGCACCCAUUCAGAGGAUAAUUCCUUCGACCCAAGGCGUGUUUCGGAACAUGGGGAACCGUCAUGGCUUGCCUCGUACCGGUUUUUCCUUCUGGGUUCUUGGUUGAAUCUGCUACUUGUCUGUGUACCUUUGAGCGUCAUCUCACACUUGCUGGGCUGGAAUGCCGGACUCCGUUUCGUCUUUAGCUUCUUCUCACUCAUACCGCUUGCCGGGUUAUUGGGUACGGCGACUGACCAGAUGUCAGCAAAGCUCGGUCAGACGCUUGCCGGCUUGAUCAACGCGUCGUUUGGUAAUGCAGUGGAGGCAAUCAUCGGAAUCGCUGCUCUUUCACAAGGAAGGCUGCGUAUUGUGCAAACAUCCAUGCUGGGAUCUGUCCUAUCAAAUUUACUGCUCGUCUUCGGCAGCUCACUGAUCGCAGGUGGUUUGAAAUUCUCUGAGGUCAAAUUCGACCCCACUAUAGCACAGACUUCAGGUUCAUUGAUGACUCUGACAUGCAUUGCCCUCGUCCUUCCUGCAGCAUACCACUACAAGGCCAUUGGCGAGAUAGCAGAUUCAGAUCAGGUUGACACGGCCGCCUCCAAAUCAGUCAACGGGGUCUCUCAAUUGUCUCGUGGCACGGCCAUUCUACUUCUAGCAGUCUAUACGUGUUACCUGCUGUUCCAGCUCAAGACUCACGCGUUUCUGUACAAUGUGGAUACCUCGCAGGAGAAGAGACCUCACACAGAGGCCCUUCUUCCCAGUGAAGAAGACGAGAAGCCUGAAAUGAACGUUCCGGCUGCCGUCUCGGCGUUACUUUUGGUGACUGGUGUGACGUCAUUUUGUGCUAGCUAUCUCGUUGCAUCUAUUGAGGAAACCGCCGAGCGGUAUGGUAUACCGGAGCAAUUUAUCGGGACCAUCCUGCUACCCAUAGUCUCGAACGCCGCGGAUCAUGCCACCGCUGUCUGGAUGGCACGCAAGAACAAGAUGGAGAUAACCAUAGGCAUUUGCGUGGGCAGCUCAAUCCAAAUUCUGGCAUUCGUAGUCCCAUUCCUUGUUCUCGUUGGCUGGGCAACACGUCACGACCUAUCCCUGAAUUUCGGCGGGUUUGAAACCAUCACCCUAUUUGUCGCUGUUGCGUUUGUCCAGUAUCUCAUACAAGACGGGAAGUCGAAUUACAUGGAAGGCGUGAUGCUCAUAUCGCUGUAUUUCAUGAUCGCUCUCUCGUUCUGGGCGUCCUAA